UGGGCUGUUUCUUUUGUAAUCAUGAUGGGAACUGUUUCUUAUAAAAAGAUGGGAUAAAGUAAACUAACAAAAUAAAACGUCAAAAUCCGUUUAGAUAUACGAAUUGCUGGAAAAAAUUGUUAAGACAAAGUCUUUAUUAGUAGUAUAGCACUAAAGAAAAUUUUCAAGGAUAUCAAAAAAAUGAUUUCAUCUAGUACACUAUAUCUGUUUCUAUAAUUCCUUUUAAGAAUUAUCAAGUAAUAUACUUGUGAUGACAUAAACAUAAGAAUUGUUCAAUUUGUCAACACCUUGUUAUUUAGUUCUACUAUAUAACUGUUUUGUAAAGGCAAUAUAUGUUCAUCACAACCUCCCAAUAACUUGAAAAUAAUGGAGAGCAAAACCAACAAAUACUUAGCCCUGAUUCUUGUUACAUUCUUGAUCAGUCUAUACUACCAUCCUAUUUCCGCCACACCACAGCAUGGCCAUGCCCAUUUCGUGCUGGUUCAUGGGGCCGGUCACGGCGCUUGGUGUUGGUAUAAACUCAUACCAAUAUUGAAAUCUCAAGGACACAACGUAACUGCAGUCGACUUAGCUGCAUCCGGGAUCGAUCUAAGUCGUGCUGAAACUCUCUUGUCGAUCAACGAGUAUAUUGAGCCACUGAUGGACCUAAUGAAUAGUCUAAACGUGGAUGAGAAGGUGAUUCUGGUGGCACAUAGUUUUGGUGGGCUUGCUAUUUCCAAGGCCAUGGAGUUAUUCCAUGAUAAGGUUCAUAUGGCUAUUUUCGUUACUGCCCUAAUGCCUGGCCCAACCUUCAAUUUCACGUUUCUUUCUAAAGGGUUGGUGAGGUGGCAAGCUCCAUUACUAGACAUGAAGUUUAUAUUUGGAGAUGGGCCUAAUAAACCUCCUACUCUUUCCAUUGGAGGUCCACUUUUCCUUUCUUUAAAUAUGUAUGACCUUAGUCCAAGAGAGGACGUUGAAUUGGCGGGUGCAUUGGUUCGGCCACAGCGCUUAUUCAGCAACGAAGAUAUAGACACAAGUCUUGUGCUCACGCCCGAGAGAUACGGAUCGGUAAAUCGGAUCUUUGUAGUGUCCGAGAAAGACAAAACAUUGAUGAAAGAGUUCCAACUCUGGAUGAUCAAGAACAAUCCUCCUAAUCAUGUGGAGCAUAUCCAGGAUUCUGAUCAUAUGGUCAUGAUUUCCAGGCCGUUGGAUCUCGGUGACCGUCUUUUAUCUUUGGCUAAGAAGUUCGCUUGAAAAUAUUUGACAUUUGAUUCAACAUUUUGUUGCGAGUUCUUAUGGUUAUCACUUCUACUAUUCUUGUGUUGCAAAAGCCUUGUGUGAGUAUUUAUAUUUUGUAUGUGAUCA